AUGAACGGUUCCAUCAUCUCAUGGCUUCUUGCAAUAUCCACGAUCUCCAUCUACUUCGACGUUGUUGGAGCUUCAGCUUCAGCCCAGUGUCUCAGCGUUGAUCAGAGAUCGCUCUUGCUUGAGCUGAGAAAAAGCCUCGUCUUCAAUGCCUCUAAGUCUUCCAAGCUAGUACAGUGGGACCGAAGCGCCAGUUCAUGGAGCGGCGUGACGUGCGAGGACAGCCUCGUCGUCGGUCUCGAUUUGAGCAAUGAGUCAAUCUCUGGGGGAAUCAACGGUUCGUCGAGUCUCUUCAAGCUUGAGUUCCUUCGGAGCCUAAACUUGGCUUUCAACGACUUCGACUCUUCAGCAAUUCCGUUCGGCCUCGCGAAUCUCAGCCGCUUGGUACAUCUCAACUUGUCCUAUGCAGGAUUCGCCGGGCAAAUUCCAGUUGAUCUAUCACGCCUGACGAAGCUACGUACUCUUGAUCUUUCUGGUCUAUAUUUCAUUGAACUGCCUUUGCUGAAACUGAAGAAGCCCUCUUUACGGUCGCUGAUUGGGAAUUUGGGAGAGUUGAGGGAGCUGUACCUUGAUAAAGUCGAUGUGUCCGCUGAGGGAAGUUUCGAAACACCUCCGAGCAAUCUUACUUCUGUUCUGUCUGUCAUCGACCUCCAUGCAAACAUGCUUAGAGGAAAUGUGCUACCCUUGCUAUCAUACGCUUUGUACUUGGAUUUCUCAAGUAACAACAUUACUUCCGUUAUUCCGGAUAACAUCGGUGGAUACUUAUCAAUGACGGGGUUCUUCUCUCUUUCAAAGAAUAAUUUCCAUGGGUCCAUCCCAAAGUCAGUUUGCAAAGCUCAUUAUCUUGAAGUGCUUGACUUAUCGCAUAACAAUCUGAACGGAACUAUUCCUGAUUGUUUAAUGAUGGCAUCCCUUAAUGUAUUGAAUCUAAGGAACAACCAGUUGAAUGGUGAUAUUCCGCAAAACAUCCUAGGAACAUGCGGUUUGAAGACAUUGGAUUUGAGUGAGAAUUUGUUGCAGGGGCAAAUUCCAUUGUCACUGGCAGGUUGCACAAUGUUGGAGGUUAUGAACAUCGGGAACAAUAAGAUAGACGGGACAUUUCCAUGCCAUUUAAAGGCUAUAUCAAGUCUCUGUGUCCUUGUUUUACGAUCCAACAAAUUGCAUGGGGAAAUUGGAUGUCCACAAAGUCCUAGCAUUUGGCAAAAGCUACAAAUCAUUGACCUGUCUUCAAAUAAUAUUGGUGGCAUAUUGCCUGCCAGUCUCCUCACAUCUUGGGAGGCUAUGAAGGCUAAUGUAGAACUCGUCAAGAUUUUGACUGUUUUCACAUCAAUCGACUUCUCGAGCAAUAGAUUGGAAGGUCCAAUACCAGACACCAUUGGAGAUCUCAAAGCACUUUAUUUCUUGAACCUAUCACAUAAUGCAAUAUCGGGUUCAAUCCCUCCUGUUUUGGGAAAUCUGCAUCAACUUGAGUCAUUGGACCUAUCAUGGAACUACCUCAAUGGAAGCAUACCGGCUCAGCUUGUGAAUCUUGAUUUUCUUUCGUUCUUGAACCUCUCAAACAAUCAACUUGUAGGAAGCAUCCCGACAAGCUGA